ACCACGAUUAGAAAAGGCAUUCACGUAUCUUUCCGUACUUUACUCUUCACUAUGCUCUUCAGAAUCCAGACUCGAACUUCGAAGUGAUUCUAUCGAAAAUAUUUCCUGAGCGCAUUCCUGCAAUUUCAAUCCCUUAGCUUAGGGUCAUUUUCAAAAUAGGCUCUUCGUAGCCGUCCAGCGUCCUCAUGGCCAUGCAUUGCUACGUAGGCUAAAACGUACACUACAGUCUGCAGUACAGGCUGGAAGUGAGAGCCUUUCCUUUAAUACUAAUACUAAUAGGCUUUAUUAAAGUGAAGUGAAUUCCUUUAUUUACCCAAUGACAAUACGAUUGUUAUAUUUUGAGUUAACGGGCCACUCGCUACUACUUCAUACUUAGUAUUAUAAGUAUAAGAUAGCGAUGAAGUGGUGGCAAAUAGCAAAAUUGUCCCUUUUACUUUUAGUUCUUAUUCUUGUGUUACAAUCAAAUGCUCUUGAGCCGAUUACCUCGGGAUUGGUAGUGGGUGGAGCUCUUGCAGCCUUGGCCACUAAAUAUGGUUGGUGUAGGUUGGGUGAAUGCUGUGAUGCGACGUGGAUUCGACCGGACGUAUCGGGUCUUGCUGAUACUUUAAAGUCCCGAGUUUAUGGGCAACAUUUAGUGUUAGGUACUGCAGUAAACGCUAUCCAAGCACAUGUGCAAACGAAGAAUCAUAAAAAAGCUCUCGUUCUUUCAUUCCAUGGUUGGACUGGAAAUGGCAAAAACUAUGUCAGCAGUUUUAUAGCGGAGCAUUUGUAUGUGAAUGGAAUGAGAAGUAAAUAUGUACACUUAUUCAUAGCUGAACUACAUUUUCCACACCGUGCACAAAUAGAGACAUACAAGAGUCAGUUGCGGCGCUGGAUUACUGGCAAUGUGACAGAGUGUAGCCAGAGCCUAUUCAUAUUUGAUGAAGUUGACAAGAUGCAUCCUGGUAUCAUAGAUGCCAUCAGGCCUUUUAUAAGUCACUAUGCAGAAAUUGAUGGUGUGGAUUAUAGAAAUGCAAUAUUCAUCUUUCUGAGCAACACAGGAGGUAACGAUAUUGCAAUAAAAACAUAUGCGACUUGGGAGGCUGGGAAAAAGCGAGAAGCAAUUACAAGAAAGGAAAUGGAAGAAGUCAUAACAGCCUCUGCAUUUAAUGAGCAGGGUGGACUAUGGCAUAGCAGCCUAAUUGAGUCGGAUGUGAUAGACUUUUUUCUACCAUUUCUGCCAAUGGAACGCAAGCACGUGAAGUUGUGUAUAAAAGACGACCUUGAAACAAAGGGUCAUCGUGCUACCGAGGAAAUCUUAAACAGGGUAGCUAAUGAACUGCUGUUCUACCCAGACAAAACCAGACUGUUUUCCAAGUCUGGAUGCAAGCGAGUGUCUCAAAAAGUGGAUGUUGUGCUCAUGGAGAUGGAAAAUGAUUAUAAAUUGUAUAUAGAUGCAAUCUAAAAAUUAACCAUGCCAAUGAUCAUUAGUAGUAGAUGUGCUCUCAUAUAAACAAGUGACCAUCAGAACGUUGUCAGGUGGCACUGUAGAGUGAUUGCAUUGCUGCUUUGCAAAAGCUGGACUAUAUAUUGUAUCCAUCUCCUGUUUGUCAUCAAAUAAUGUAAUAUUGAAACUUUACAUAUGUGCAUCAUGUAUAUGUCAUCGUGGUCCUCUUUAAUAAAGAUGGUGUGAUUAUCAA